UGGCCAGCCUGCAGCCCUGCCCGGCGCCGGCAAAGCUGGGUCUUGGGGAUUCUCAUUCGCUUCGGCUCACUCACUUUUACAAACCAUUGGAUCUUACAUGCUUCUGUGUCCCCCACUUCCACUCCAUGUCCCCAUGCUCCUGUGCCAGCAACAGGAUAAGCUCUCUGGAUGUCAGCUGAGUUACUGAGGGUUUUGCAAAAACUCAGACUGUUUUCCAAAGCAGAGGCACUGGAGUCCAAGGCAGAAGCGAUGGGCAGUGUGCGAACCAACCGGUAUAGCAUUGUUUCUUCGGAAGAAGACGGUAUGAAGUUGGCUACCAUGGCGGUUGCCAAUGGCUUUGGGAAUGGGAAGAGUAAAGUCCACACUCGGCAACAGUGCAGGAGCCGCUUUGUGAAGAAGGAUGGCCACUGCAAUGUACAGUUCAUCAACGUGGGUGAGAAGGGACAGCGGUACCUCGCAGACAUCUUUACCACAUGUGUAGACAUUCGCUGGCGGUGGAUGCUGGUUAUCUUCUGUCUGGCUUUUGUACUCUCCUGGCUCUUUUUUGGCUGUGUGUUUUGGUUGAUAGCUCUGCUCCAUGGGGAUCUAGAUGCAUCAAAAGAGAGCAAAGCUUGUGUGUCCGAGGUCAACAGCUUUACAGCUGCCUUCCUCUUCUCCAUUGAGACCCAGACAACCAUAGGCUACGGCUUCAGGUGUGUCACGGACGAAUGCCCGAUCGCCGUUUUCAUGGUGGUGUUUCAGUCGAUCGUGGGCUGCAUCAUUGAUGCCUUUAUUAUUGGUGCAGUCAUGGCUAAGAUGGCAAAGCCGAAGAAGAGAAAUGAGACUCUUGUUUUCAGUCACAAUGCUGUGAUUGCCAUGAGAGAUGGGAAGCUAUGUUUGAUGUGGCGAGUGGGCAAUCUUCGGAAAAGUCACUUGGUGGAGGCCCAUGUUAGGGCACAGCUCCUCAAAUCCAGAAUCACGUCAGAAGGGGAGUAUAUCCCCCUGGAUCAAAUAGACAUCAAUGUUGGCUUUGACAGUGGAAUUGACCGGAUUUUCCUGGUGUCCCCCAUCACUAUCGUCCAUGAAAUAGAUGAAGACAGCCCUUUAUAUGACUUGAGUAAACAGGACAUUGACAAUGCAGACUUUGAAAUUGUGGUGAUACUGGAAGGCAUGGUGGAAGCCACCGCCAUGACGACACAAUGUCGGAGCUCUUAUCUGGCCAAUGAGAUCCUUUGGGGCCACCGCUAUGAGCCAGUGCUCUUUGAAGAGAAGCAUUACUACAAAGUGGAUUAUUCGAGGUUCCACAAGACUUAUGAGGUACCUAACACUCCCCUUUGUAGUGCCAGGGACUUAGCAGAAAAGAAAUAUAUCCUCUCAAAUGCUAAUUCAUUUUGCUAUGAAAAUGAAGUUGCCCUCACAAGCAAAGAGGAAGAUGACAGUGAAAAUGGAGUCCCAGAAAGCACAAGUACAGACUCACCCGGUGACAUAGACCUUCAUAACCAGGCAAGCGUACCUCUAGAGCCCAGGCCCUUACGGCGAGAAUCGGAGAUAUGACUGACUGGUUCUUUCUUUGGAAUAUUUACUUCACUACACAAUCUGUUGAUCAGAGGCCUGAAACAGUUACAGAGACCAAGGUACUGGUCCAGAGGUGGGUCAAGGCAAGCGGCCACAAGGGACAAAGGCUAGCACAAGGGUUUCAAGGGAAGACCGUAAGCUCAAUGAUCAGUGUAAAGCACUAAACAUGCCUCCGUGUGACCCAAUGGCACAUAUAUGAUGUAGAAUAAGUUAUGGGUUUUUAUGUAUUGUUUUGUGUUUUUACAAAACUUGAAUUUGCAGGCAAGCCUUGGUUGUGUAUUUGACUUAUCCAGAAUGCUUCUCGGUAGGGGAACAAGAACGUUUUUAAUGGCAUAGCAAAGGCAAGACUCUGCCUUAAUUUUUUAAAAAGCUGCUAACUACAUGAACACAAACUGUAUUUUUGUUGCAGUGUAGUUUUUCUUUUAUGUAAUUUAAAAGUCAGUGUUGAACUUUGUUGAAAGCUCACGAUGCGUUUUAAAGUAGCAAGUAUUUGGCUAUUAACUGCCAAAAUGAGAGCCUGAUUUUCUGAGGCCAGUAAUUUGUUUGCUAGAAUUGAUCUCUCUCUCUCUCUCUUUCUCUCUCUUUCAAUCUCCCUCUGGUUGCAUAAGGGCAUUAUGUAACACUAGCCAAAUGGUAGCCUCUGGGUUUUCUUUUCUUUUUUUUCUCUCUUCCUAAUGUUAAUGGGUUAUUUCAAAUUUUCAGUUAGACUACCUAAAAUAAAUACCAAAGAUAAUGCACGUUUUUGCACAGUGGCGCUUAUACUAAAAAGGAAACUAAGCCCCAUGGGUUGCCUUGAAAUCAAGAGACAGUGACUUUGAACCUCAGUAAGACCUUGAACCAUUCAUUCAUUUUGCACCUUAUUCAGAAAACAAAGCACCAAACACACAGAGUCUAUUAAGUGUAGUGCUUUUUAAAUUUUGGUCUUUCAUGUACCCUGCUUAUUUGAAGAGGAAAAGGAAGAGGAAAGGGGAAGUCCCAUUCCCAUAUGCAUACACAUAAUAUCAACAUUUUGACUUUCCUGAUAGCUAGGGCUGGCAGGCUAAUGCAUUAAAGUAACAAAUGGUGAUAGGCUCCUCAAUUUCUCUGGGCUUUCUCCGUUUUGCACAUUCCAAAAUUUAUAAGAUCUUGGUUGAACGUUGUUGGCCCCUUCUAAAUGGAGCCAUCCAGCAUGAAAAGUAAAUGAAUUUGAAAUGUUGCAGCUCAGUUUCAUUGCCUCCACACUCAGGGCACUUCCGGUUUGACACCACCUUAGAAAAGUUAUCUACCUGACCCCUAAGAUUUUUUCUCUGGUCAUUCUGGAGGGAGUCAUGCUGUGUCAGGGGAGGAGAAAUGCAAAUGCCAAAGUGGGGGAACAGGGAGGUGUGGACAGGACCCUUUGAUGCAGGAUUUUAGCUUAAGUAUUCAGGAGGCAGAGAAAAUUUGUCUUUUUUAUUGCAGAAGGUAGGAAUGAGAAUGGGUCAGAAUUUUAGGGUCAAAGAGGGACAUAAAAAUAUAACACAAUCAAAAGUUAAGGAGACAAGUGUCUAAAAGUGUCAUUCCCCUCUGUGUGUGCACUCUCAUGGUUAAUGUGAACUCAUCAUUGUCUCUUGUGGAGCAAUAGAACAGGUUACUAAGGACACAUUGUUUUCUAAAAGUCUUUCUUGCUGGCUGCCAGACUCCCCAGAAACAAUCCUCUCCUCCCCAGCCCCUCACUCUAGCUGAGUGAUGGAACUUUUUUGGGGGGUUUAAAGUUCUCUAUUUGUGAAUUCUUAGUUACUGACUUUUCAAUUGGAGUCUCAAAAUCAACUCUCUCAUGGUAUUAUAUCCUGGUAUGCCAUUAAAAAAUAGCUUGUUCUAGAAUCAUGUAUUUUUUAAACUGAUGUUUGGGAUGGACUGUGGUUCUUGGACAACCAUAUCUGAAUGUAGUGCCUGCAACAAUAGGACAGUUUCUGCUGUUUUCAGCCUUCCAAGUUGACGUGUUUAAAAACUGUGGUGUUAUUUUCAUUGAAAUCAAGAAAGAGAUGUUAAAGAAUUUGAUGCUUUAUUGUAAAUCUGAAUUUAAAGGUGGUUUUAGGAAGUUGUUUAAAGCGAUGGAGAAAUUGGGGCAAGAAACUUACUGAAGAGACAAAAAUUUGGCCCUUGACAGUGAGAGGGUAUUGAGGGCUUCAGCUGCUGCUACAAUGAUGUUUUGUAAAGGAAAAUAAUCAAACCAAAGAGUAUUCAGUGGUAUGUAAAUUAAAUGAAGAUGCAAUGGAGAAUUGGGGUGACCACAAAGCAGGUCCCCAAACACACAGUGCUACCACUUAAAAAGACCUGAGGUAUCUGAAAGGGAGUGGGUGCAGGGCAAGAAAGAAGGAGGGAAAUCUUUCAACUUAUUUUUGAAAAAGAGAAAAAAAAUCUAAAAUUUCUGGUGCACAGGUUUGUUUGUUUUUUUUUUCAAUAAAAUUUUGCAGAAGCUAUGUUUUUAAAGUGUACAUUUUAUAAAGUUUAUCAGAUAUUUUCAUAUUUAAAGCCAAAUGUAAAUAGGAGUUUGUAAAGAUAAAACAAGUGCUGUAGAAAGUAUGAUUUCAGUGCAGCAAAUUUUGAGAGCUGGUACCUAUAUGCUACCGGUUAGCAUGGUUUUAGCAAAUAUUUACCAGCCUUAUAAGGUUCGUAUUGCUAUGUUCUUUUGUUAUUUAUUUCAGCAUGGACUGUUCAUUCAAAAGCUUUUUAUAGUUAUUAGCAUUUUAAUAGUUACAAGCUUUAAAUGUUUUUGUUUGUUUUUGUCAAGAGCCAAGACACAGGUAAUGCAUGGCAUUUAUGGCUGCGUUUUACCUUCAAAAUAUUUGUCCUUAUUGACUGGGUCUCCUUAACUAGUGCACACCUGUCACUAGAAUGGGACAGAAGGGACUCACCGUGAAUAUCUGGGGUUGAAUUCUCAGAUGCGUGUUGCUUCUCUAUGGCAAGCAAAUCCCUAUUGGAUUUCUUUAGGAUGUAUUCCCUUUUAAAGAAUGUUUGCCCAUAUCUGGAAGGGCAUUGUAUUUUUGGGGGGAGGCAUAGAUUCCUGGUUACUCUAUUUUUAAAUACAAGGUAGACAAAGUGAAUUCUAUUUUGGUUAUUGAGAAAGGAAUAGUUUUCUAUCCCUCUAAGCGUAUACUUGAAUCAGACAUUUAAAGGAUGUCACUAUAGCACUGUAGUCAUUUUCAAAUUCCUAGAGAAAGUUUGUUUGCAUUUGUUUUGUUCUAGUAAUUAUUUCUUUCCUUUACUUCCUUUCUUCCCCAUUCUCCCAACCAGAUCUUGAUGUGUAUUGGAUGAGCUCUGUCCCCCAAAUCAUGUUCCUCUUACAAACCAUAAAUGUCAUCUGUGGUUUUAUAAUAAGUCACUCCAUAAAGGUGAAAGGAUUGUCUUGAAAAAUAGAGUGAGUUCAUUAUCACUCUGUAUUUAAUAACGUUCGGUGGAAAUAAGACAAAAGUGUUGCAUAGUCACCUUCCCACUCACAACCUUCAGCAAACUAGAAUUUCUUUUCUAGCAAUGUCAGGUUGCAGCUCUGGACUCUGGAGAGUUGAACAAUUCUGGCCUUUGACAAUCGUGUUAGUUAUUAUUUUCCCAUUUGCCAUCUUUUUUUGUAUCUAAAGUCUUCCUAUUGUACUGCACAAACCAUGGAUUGUACAUAUUUUUAUAUAUUAUGUCUUAUUUUAUUAUUUCUAAAUAAAAAUGAAAAAUUGAAAAUGAAUUUGCGUAAGAAUUAUCAGAUCUCUUGCAUGAUUACAAUGUAAAGGCAGUGAUAUGGAACAAAUGUUCUCAAACAAUGGUACAUAAACCUUGGUACUCUGGAUGAAUAGGGCUAUAGAAACUUCCUGAACACACAGGUGCAGUGGAGUGGCAGAUUAGUUUAAUCCAUGUUAGAGGAAGUCAAGCUCAUAUUUUGUUUUUGGACAGAAUGGAUUAAGUAAAGAGAGGAUAGAAAAGACCAACCCCAUUCCCCCAAAAAAACCUAGCAAAUAAAACUAACAAAAAAUAGUACAAGGCUUAGGUUUUGAUUCUCUAAUAACAAUAUUUACAUUCUGUUGAGCUUCAACUAUAUAUAGGUUCUACCUUGUAUAUCAUUUAUUUCAUUCUUGCAAAAAUACAUAAGGAUAUUAUUAUUCUCUUAUUAAGGAGACUGACUUCAAAAAUGCAUGUCUUAAAGCCCAGAGUAUAGUAUUUUUGGCUUUAGGGACUAGAGGGGUGUUUGGCUUAGGUAGGUAAUACACCCUUGUAGUCUAAUAGUAGCCACAGACAAUAGGAAAACAAAUAGACUAUCUGUAUUUGAACAAAAUUUUACUUACAACAACAUUCAGUGGGCCAGAUCUGUCUUGUGACUUAUCAUUUGUCAACUCUUGUUAAAGAUGAAGAAACUGAAAAUGAGUUUUAAAGCUAAUGAGUCACUAAAUCUAACGAAUUCAGGUAUUAUCUGCCUCUCAACCUACUCUACUCCACUAAACUGCAUCUUAUUUCAGGACCCAAAGUGACCAAGGAUAUGUGAUCUCAGAGAAAUUUCCAUUUCCUCCAGUAAAUCUGGAAUAAAGUGUUUUCCAAAGUUGGGAAGACUAAGGAAAUUUGUGUUCUGAAAUAUUUUGCAAAUAUUCACAGAACCAUUUCAAACCUGGGUCUAAGUUCUCUAUAAAUAGUACACAAUUUUAUCUGACAGCAAUAUCGUGGCACUAUCCCCAUCUAAGAAAUGAGGAAGGUAAUGUACUAUCAGGUGGCACCUGUCUAAGUGCUCACGGGUAAUAGGUACUAGAGUAAUAGCCCAAGGGUUGGAGGCAUAGUUUAAGUGGUAAGGCACUUGUCUAGCAAGCAGGAGACUCUGAGUUCAAAACCCCAGUACUGCCAAUAAACCUGGGCCCUACAAUUCUGAGUCAGUCCUAUAGCUGUAUGCUGCAUUCCCUAGAGAUCCAUUUGGUAAAAUAUCCCCAUUUAAUCCAAGGCCCUUCUGCUCUUCCCAUACUCUUCUCAGUGAUGGAAUAUUCUUCCCUGGCUUUUUAUACAGGAACAAAGGCAGGAUUUUUCCUCUUUCUGACGUGCUCCUCAAGUCCUCUUUCAGUAUUUGGGGAGCAGGAACAACUCACAAGGGGGUAGAAUAAUUACACACCUAAGCAUCGGUUGUGGGACAUGAGUAAAUUUCAAAGUUCAGAUUAAUUUCAAUUAACUGGGAAUUGCUCAGGCCUGUCUGCAGGCAAAACCACCAAGUCCUGUUGCUUACCAAACUGCAGGUACCUAGCUACCUCCUACACUUCUGCUUUCCGCCUGCUGUGGGCAGCCAGUGGGCAACAUGACCCUCCUGUGGUUGUGCGGGACACGCAGGCAAGGUUGUAUAUCUAUAUCCACCAAGGUAAAGCCAGGUUGUAAGUUGAAUGCUAGACAGGCCCCACCUCUAUUUUAAUUAAUUUGUCUUAUUAAAUAUACAUACAAAAAAAGGUGCAAUGGAAUUUCAGAGUCUUGUUUAGACUUUCUUUGGAGUGACAGGCAAAAUAGUCUUCAAACUACUCUUAAGCAGAACACCUCAGAUAAUACUUGCACAGGAGGAAACAUAUUUUCUGCUGGAAACGUUCAUUUUAGAGCUAGCAAAACUGAUGAAAUCAAUUGGAUCCCCCCAAAACUAAAUAAUACAUAUAAACAUAAGGGAAAGCUAGCUCCAUGCACUUUCAGUGAAGAACCAAGUCCUUGAUCAACAUGUUUCAAGACCUCAGAGCCUUUUCUUCAAAAUAGUUUAGUCCAAGGAACCUAGUGGUCCAAAGAUUCUAGUCACGAUGUGAGAGUUAUUAUAAUGACUUUUAAAA